GGCCCCAGCCUGAACGGUGAUGGGUGGAGCCAGUCUAGCCGCUGCACAGGCUGACUGGCUGCUAAGGGCUGCUCCACGCUUUUGCCAGAGGACAGAGACUGACAUGGAACAGGGGAAGGGCCUGGCUGGCCUCAUUCUGGCUAUCACUCUUCUUCAAGGUACUCUGGUCCAGUCAAACAAAGGAAAACUCUUGCUCACGGUGGAGGACCGUCAAGAAGAUGGUUCAGUACUUCUGACUUGUGAGGUGCAAGGCAAAAAUAUCACAUGGUUUAAAGAUGGGAAGAUAAUAAGCUUCCUACCUGCAAGUCAAAAAACAUGGAAUCUGGGAAGUAAUACCAAGGACCCUCGAGGGAUGUAUCAAUGUAAAGGAUCAAAGGACAAGUCAAAACCACUGCAACUGUAUUAUAGAAUGUGUCAGAACUGCAUCGAACUAAGUGCAGCCACCAUAUCUGGCUUUGUCUUUGCUGAAAUCAUCAGCAUUUUCUUCCUUGCUGUUGGGGUCUACUUCAUUGCUGGACAGGAUGGAGUUCACCAGUCAAGAGCUUCCGACAAACAGACUCUGUUGCCCAAUGACCAGCUCUACCAGCCCCUCAAGGAUCGAGAAGAUGACCAGUAUAGCCACCUUCAAGGAAACCAACUGAGGAGGAAUUGAGCUAAGGACUCAGAAUAGGUGUUCUUCUUCUUUCCAGUUCUCAGAAUCAAAGUAAUACAUUUUGGAAAGCUCCUAGCAGAGAGACCUUCAACCCUAAAUCUCGACUCAAGGUUCCCAGAGGUGACAAAUGGAGAAAAAAGGCCAUCAGAGCAAAUUUGGGGUAUUCGCAAAUAAAAUAAAAUAAAAUAACAAGUAUGGUGUUUCAGAAGCGCCACCUAUUGGGGAAAAUUGUAAAAGAAAAACAAAAAGAUCAAGUAACCCCCUCGAUUUGAAUGUAGUUUUUUGCGUUGUAAUUUUUAUUUCGUUUUUGUAUAGGUCAUAAUUAACACGGUUCAAAUAUGCAAUGAAAGAUCUCUCUCCACCGCCAUCCCCUGCGACCCAGUUGCCCUAUCCAGAGACAAACUAGUUUCUCUCUUUUUUUUUGAGACAGAGUUUCACUCUGUCUCCCAGGCUACAGUGCAGUGGUGCAAUCUUAGCUCACUGAACCUGGGUUCAAGCAAUCUUCCUGUCUCAGCUUCCCCAGUAAGUAGCUGAGAUUGCAGGCGUACACCACCAGGCCCGGCUAAACUUGUUUCGAACUCCUGACCUCAGGUGAUCCACCCACCUCGGCCUCCCAAAGUGCUGGGAUUACAUAUGUGAGCCACCAUGCCUGGCCUUAAAACUAGUUUCUUAUAGAUCUCUCUAGAGACAUUCUAGGCAUAUAUGAGCACACUCUCAAAUACAUAUUAUCCUCUCUCCCCCUAUCUUUUAGACAAAUGAUAUCAAACUAUACACCUUAUGAGAUUAUUGCAUACCAUUACAUAAAGAACUUCUUUCUUAAUGCAGCCAUAUUGUAUAAGUAGACUAUGAUUCAUUUAACCUGCUAUCCAUGGAUAUUCAAGUUGGUUCCAAUCUUUUGCUCUUACAAUUCUGUAAUGACUAACAUUGUAUAAAUAUCAUUUUUUUUAAAUAAUUGCAUUGAAGCAUAAUUUACAUGCCAUAAAAUCCACCCAUCUUAAGUGAUUUCACCUGUUCUCAACAUUUUUCAGUAAAUUUAACUAGUUGUACAACCAUCACCAUGAUCCGGCUUUAGGGCUUUAGGGCUUUUUUUUUCUUACGGAGUCUUGCUCUGUGGCCCAGGCUGAAGUGCAGUGGUGUGAUCUCAACUCAUUGCAACCUCCACCUCUUGAGUUCCAGCGAUUAUCCUACCCUCCCGAGUAGCUGAGACCUCAGGCAUGUGCCACCAUGCCCUGCUCAUUGUUUUGUGUAUUUAGUAAAGACAGAGUUUUACGGUGUUGGCCAGGCUGGUCCCAAAUUCCUGACCUCAAAUGAUCCACCUGCCUCAUCCUCCCAAAGUGCUGAGAUUACAGGUAUGAGCUACCACACCCGGCCCAAAACUGUAUUUGAAUAUACCUGUUCUGUGGGUUUAAUAUGAUAUUUUAUUGCUGUCUUGAUCUGCAUUUCCCUAGAGACUAACCAUUAAGUGUCUUUUCAUAUGUUUGUGAACCAUUCAUAUGUUUUUAGUGAAAUGUCUCUUCAAAUCUUUUGCCCAUUUUCAAGUUGUUUUAUUUGUUUGUCUUCUCACUAUUGCAUUGCAUAUAUUUUUGAUAUAAGUCCCUUAUCAGAUAUAUGAUUUGGAAGUAUUUUCUAUCAAUCUGUGGUUUGUUUUUCUUAAUGGUAUCUUUUGAAGUGCAAAAGGUUUACAUUUUGAAGUACCUUUUAUCGAUUUUUUUU